AUGGCACAUCAUCACGCGCAUGAGCGCACAUUGGAAGAUGUGCUUUUCGGUGACGAAAUUGCGGAGACUGUCUCACAUUUGGGUGAUGAUAAUGGCGUAAAAUCUGUGCAGGAACUGUUAGAGCACAAUGAGCGACUCAUCAAGAACCUGCAACAUACCCGCGAGCUGUUGAGUGAUGCCGAAGCAACAAAUGCCACUCUGGUUGCUCAGAGUCAACUUCUGAAAGAAGAAAUUCGUCGUCUGGAGAGAAAUGAGGAACGUGUGAGUCAUAUCGAGAACAGCGAAUACUUGAAGAAUGUCAUUAUCAAGUUCCUCUGCCCGGAGCGAGUUUCCGGAGAACGUUCACAGUUGGUCCCCAUUUUGACAACUAUGCUUCGCCUUUCCCCUGAGGAAACUGAACGUCUCACUCGCAUCGCUGCUCAGGAUGGUGAGUUUGUAGUAUACUGUACAAGGGAAACAAGUGGCUACAGAGUCUGUGCAGACCCGUUGAACCUAUUUCGAGACCGGGCAGUUUACUAG